GCUUGAGUAGUGCAUUGUGCAUCUGGAACUUGUCGCCAUCACAUUUGGCUUUUUGUCUCGCACUUUAACGCCACGUUAAUUGACUCAUUUAAAUUUCUGUGGGGUUUCCCAGUGAAACGUUACUAUGUUAUAUGUCGGUAAAUAUGUGUAGCAGCGUCGUAAUGUUGUAGCUGUGUCAAUUGUGUCUCAUUUUCAGCCUUGUACAGGGAGACUAAUCUUGCGAGUAGCAGCAAGGUUAACCCAAGGAGCGAACGCUAACGCUAGUUAGCUUGUAACUCCGCUAAACAUUCGAAGUGAAUUAAGUACAAAUUUACGAUUUGUUGUGGCUACUGUCGCCCUGGUAGUGUUCUCUAGCUAGCCGUAAGUUCGUUGAGGAACCCAGAAGAUCUUGCCCCUUUCUUUCUAGCUAACUAAGCUAGCUUGGGACCUGAGAAGAAAGUCUGUUAAACUGGAGCUGACACCGUCACAUUUCCUUUCUUUAACACGCUGCUCGGCGUGACCAGCCAACAUGUCUGAGGGCUCCGAGAACAAGCAGGCCCCGGACGUGGUCCAGGAAGCCAAGCCCGAGCCGAUGGCCGCUGCGGCCGGCCAAGGCGUGUCAUCGGUGUCACCACCCGUGUCCGUGGUGAACCAGCCGGCCGCCGCCGCCACGGAGGACGAAGAAGAGGAAAGCGAGGACGAGUCUGAGAUUUUGGAGGAGAGUCCGUGUGGACGUUGGCAGAAGCGCAGAGAGGAGGUGAAUCAACGAAAUGUACCUGGCAUUGAUAACGCCUACUUGGCCAUGGACACUGAGGAGGGAGUUGAAGUUGUGUGGAAUGAAGUUAUGUUUUCAGAAAGGAAAAACUUCAAGUUACAAGAGGAAAAAGUCAAGGCAGUGUUUGACAAUUUGAUCCAGCUGGAGCAUUUGAACAUUGUCAAGUUCCACAAGUACUGGGCUGACGUCAAAGAGAACAGAGCCCGGGUCAUCUUCAUCACAGAGUACAUGUCCUCAGGAAGUCUCAAACAGUUUCUGAAAAAGACAAAAAAGAAUCACAAGACCAUGAAUGAAAAGGCUUGGAAGCGCUGGUGCACACAGAUUCUGUCUGCUCUCAGCUACUUGCAUUCCUGCGAACCUCCCAUCAUUCACGGCAACCUGACCUGCGACACCAUCUUCAUCCAGCACAACGGCCUCAUCAAGAUCGGCUCAGUGGCUCCGGACACUAUCAACAACCAUGUAAAAACGUGUCGGGAAGAGCAGAAGAGCCUUCACUUCUUUGCUCCAGAAUAUGGCGCUGUCGCCAAUGUCACCACUGCAGUGGAUAUCUACUCGUUUGGAAUGUGCGCCUUAGAGAUGGCAGUGUUAGAAAUCCAAAGUAAUGGCGAUUCGUCAUACGUUUCCCAAGAAGCCAUAAACAGUGCCAUUCAGUCCCUCGAGGACCCCUUGCAACGGGAAUUCAUCCAGAAGUGUCUGCAGGUGGACCCGGACAAGCGUCCCACCGCCAGGGAGCUCCUGUUUCACCAGGCUUUGUUCGAGGUGCCCCUGCUCAAGCUGCUGGCCGCUCACUGCAUCGUCAGCCACCAGCAUAUGAUUGCAGAGAACGCGUUAGAGGAGAUGACAAAAAACAUGGACCCCAACCUGGUGAUUGUGGAGGGGAAGGAGGCCGUUCAGAUGAAGCUGUCGCAGUUUCCUGCCCUUGAGCUGGACAAGUUCCUGGAAGACGUUAGGAAUGGGAUCUAUCCCUUGACGGCGUUCGGCAUUCCGUGUCCGCAACAACCUCAGCAGGAGGCGGUGAAGUCGCCCAUCGUGCCGCCCUCUGUCAAAACGCCCACCCCAGAACCUGCAGAACUUGAGACCAGGAAGGUGCUUCAGAUGCAGUGCAACAUUGAGCCCGUGGAUGAAGGCGCCAAGCAUCAUCUGACUUUACUGCUCAAACUUGAGGACAAACUCAACCGACACUUGAGCUGCGAUCUGUUACCAAAUGAGAAUGUGCAAGAGUUGGCCGUGGAGCUUGUUCAGCUCGGCUUCAUCAGCGAGGGCGAUCAACCUCGUCUGGCGUGCGUUCUCGAAGAGGCCUUCUCGAAGUUCUACAGCCGCAACGGUUCCCUCAACCCUGUGACAGUCUCCUCGUAGCAGCGGAACCCGCCUCGGCGUCCCGGCCCGGCCGCCGUCUCCUCCCUCCUGCUAUUUCACAGAGGAGGAAAGCCUUGCUCUGACUGCGACCCCUCGCUUCAGUCUUUCUAUAUUCUGGUGAGACGAAGCUACCACUAAGUGGUUCUCUCUCUCUCUCUCUCCCCCCCUUUUUUUUUUUUUAGAUUUUAUUCUUCCCUCCUAUUCAGUACAGCCAUCAAGGGUCGUUGCAACAAGAAGGAAAAAAAAACGUUUCGCGUUCGGGCUUGUUUCAUUAAUGUAAAAGUUAUAAAACGUUUAACUGCGAAAAAGCAGUGUUUUUCCAUAAGUCAGUAUUAAAACUGUGUUUUUAACAUUUUUACUGUUAAAUAGUGCUCUACCCCCAUCCAGAUUACUGAAAUGUUGUCAAAGUCUGAGCGUCGGAUCAUAUUUAAACCUGACGGACUGCUUCCCUGUCGUACUUAAGACAGUUGGAGAAAACGUGGAGUCGUAUUAGUCCAAAAAAUAUCCCAACAAUUUAUUUGUGCGUGACUGUAAUUCACUUACAGCGCUAUUGUUGCAGUUGCUUGUUCUGAAUGUAACCUUCUAUUCGCCCUUUUCUCGAAACCAUUAUUAAAAAAAAAAAAGCCUAAAAUACCCCAAAUCUCUUGCCAAAUUAGAAAUUCCAAAUUUAGUCAAGUCCACAUGGGAAAACAGUUCUCAAGUGCUGCUCUUUGAAUUGACGCUGUACUUUCUCGACAAGCUCAUGACUCGUUAUGAAGUCCGUGAAGGUGGCAUUCAUUUUACACAAGAGGCUGCUGUUCCAUCAAUGUGAACAUGAUGAUCAUUUUAUUUUUUUACACUGGUCUGCUCUGUAUGUGCUUAGCUAGUUGACGAGAAUUAACGCGAGCCAGUUUUCAGUCAAGUCUGUAAACGAUUUCAAAUGUCUGUGGCUGUGAAUAGUCGGCGGGUGUCUUCGAAAGCGGCACAUUUUGCACUUUUCUCUCCACUCGUUUGUUACUUUUGAGGUGAAAACGUCCCGCAGCCUCCCAAAACAUGCAAAAUUGGCUAAAUAGGCCAUGAUAGGGGAAUAUUUCUGUUGCCUUUGCUGCGACUGUCUCACAGGGUGUGUACAGAUUUGCAGUGUUUUCUUGACAUUCACUGCUAUUUCUGCUAGCUCUUGGUUUGCUCCCCCCCCUUUUAUUUUUCACCCCGUGAAAAUUAAAAACAAACAUCACUAGUCAGCAA